GGAAAAAGUAUUUCAUAUCAAUAAAUGUAUUGACAGAAUAUGCGAUAUAGACUUGUCUUCGAGCUAUUACUUUGCAGACGUUAUACACGUAUGAACUGUGGUUAUGUAUUAACGAACGCAUCACAAGGAUCAGUACUCACCCUGGUCUGUACGACUGGCAUUCCAUAGCCCCAGAGCGGAGCUCUUUGGACUGCAUCACCCUCGAUGAUCGUCAAAGAUUUAUUACCAUUUAGUAUCAAGUUACGAGCCGCUGAGAUAUUGAAAAGUAAGUCCAGAUCUUUGCUAAUUAGAUUAAAG